UUGGCAGGGCCGGUUUUUAACAGAAACACGGGGAUUUGGAGGCUCAUGGAUGAGGAACUCCUUUGUUUUUCCUCCCACAGAGCCCUGCCUGCUUUGUAUAAUAUUUUUAAUCGCUUGGAUGCUUCGUUAUGAGCCAGUAAUUGGAGCUGAGUUAAUCCCUUGUAGCAGCAGUUUUGGGGCUGGGGACACAGCCCAGGUGUGCAGGAGGAACAGGCAACUCCUGUGUCUGUCCAGGCUGAUGUCUCCACUCUGAGCACCUCCAGAAGGUCCCUGCAGGCUGGUGGCCAGGAUGAGGAUCGUGGUGGCCAAGGUGCUGUGCCUGCUGGGGAUCUGUGUGCUGCUGCUGGCCGGGGCCCUGCUGCCCGUCCGCCUCAUCGAGGCCGACUACGAGAAGGCCCAGCGCUCCCGCAGGGUGCUGGCCCUCUGGAAUUCCUUCGGGGGCGGAGUGUUCCUGGCCACGUGCUUCAACGCGCUGCUGCCUGCUGUCAGAGGGAAGCUCGACGAAGUCCUCAGGCAGAACAAUGUCACCACAGACUACCCAGUGGCCGAGACCAUCAUGAUGGUGGGCUUCUUCCUGUCAGUCUUCGUGGACCAGCUCUUCCUGACCUUCCAGAAGGAGAAACCCUCCUUCAUCGACCUGGAGACCUUCAACGCGGGCUCGGACGCGGGCAGCGACUCGGAGUACGAGAGUCCCUUCAUCGCCUCGCCCCGCGGGCGUGCCCUCUACGGGGAGCACGGCCCCCACCCGCACAGCCUGAGCCUCCCGGAGCUGUCGCACUGCGGCCCCCGCCGCCUGCUGGGGCUGGUCUUCGCCCUCUGCACCCACUCCAUCUUCGAGGGGCUGGCGCUGGGCCUGCAGGAGGACGGCGGCAGGGUGGUCAGUUUGUUCCUGGGAGUGGCCGUGCACGAGACGCUGGUGGCCGUGGCUUUGGGGAUCAGCAUGGCCAAGGCGGCGCUGGCGCUGAGGGACGCGGCCAAGCUGGCGGUGGCCGUGUGCCUGAUGAUCCCGCUGGGAAUUGGCAUCGGGAUGGGCAUCGAGAGCAGCAGGAAUGCCGCGGGCAGCAUCGCGUCGCUGCUGCUGCAGGGCAUCGCCGGCGGCACCUUCCUCUUCAUCACCUUCUUCGAGAUCCUGGCCAAGGAGCUGGAGGAUAAGAGCCAGCGGCUGCUCAAGGUGCUGUGCUUGGUGCUGGGCUACGCCGCGCUGGCCGGGCUGGUGCUCAUCCCGUGGUGAGCUUCCCGAAGCCAAGGGAGCACAACUCGAGCUCUCCCCUCCCACCCGCAGCGGGAGGAGCCGCCCCUUUCCCCGCUGGGACAGCCCAACCCGGGCGGUGUUUCCAUGAUGAGCUGGAGGAGGAGGAGGAGAAUCUCUUCCCGGGUGCUCAGAGUGAGGAAUAUCCCCAGGGAUUGCUCCUGCCCGAGGGGCUGCAGGGAUUAGCGGACACAAACAUUAAGGAUCCGGGUAAAAUCUGC